CAGACACGAGACCCAGUGACGCCCGAAUUCUAUUAGCUCUUUGGCGCUUAGUCGGUUACUAUACCGGAGGUCUACUUCAAUCAAAUUAUUCAACGAUUGUAUCAACAAAAUGAGAGAAUGCAUUUCGGUACACAUCGGACAAGCGGGCGUCCAAAUCGGUAACGCGUGCUGGGAGCUGUACUGUCUGGAGCAUGGCAUUCAGCCGGACGGCCAGAUGCCGUCGGACAAAACGAUCGGAGGUGGUGACGAUUCGUUCAACACGUUCUUCAGUGAGACUGGCUCUGGGAAGCAUGUACCGCGAGCAGUGUUUGUCGAUCUAGAGCCAACAGUAGUAGAUGAGGUACGCACCGGUACAUACCGGCAGCUGUUUCAUCCGGAGCAGCUGAUCACGGGGAAGGAGGAUGCGGCAAACAAUUAUGCCCGGGGCCACUACACGAUUGGCAAGGAGAUUGUCGAUCUCGUGCUCGACCGGAUUCGCAAGCUGGCCGACCAGUGCACCGGACUGCAGGGGUUCCUGGUGUUCCACUCGUUCGGUGGCGGUACCGGUAGCGGAUUCACUUCGCUCCUGAUGGAGCGCCUUUCGGUGGACUAUGGCAAGAAGUCGAAGCUCGAAUUCUCGAUCUAUCCGGCACCACAGGUGUCGACGGCCGUGGUCGAGCCGUACAACUCCAUCCUGACAACGCACACGACGCUCGAGCACUCGGACUGUGCGUUCAUGGUGGACAACGAGGCGAUCUACGAUAUCUGCCGUCGAAACCUAGAUAUUGAGCGACCCACUUACACCAACUUAAACCGGCUGAUUGGCCAGAUUGUGUCAUCGAUCACCGCGUCACUCCGCUUCGACGGGGCGCUGAACGUCGAUCUGACCGAGUUCCAGACUAACCUGGUGCCUUAUCCGCGCAUCCACUUCCCGCUCGCCACCUACGCGCCGGUCAUCUCGGUCGAGAAGGCGUACCACGAGCAGCUGACGGUGGCGGAAAUUACCAACGCAUGCUUCGAGCCGGCCAACCAGAUGGUGAAGUGCGAUCCGCGCCACGGCAAGUAUAUGGCUUGCUGCAUGCUGUACCGGGGUGACGUGGUGCCAAAGGACGUGAAUGCCGCGAUUGCGACGAUCAAGACGAAACGGUCGAUCCAGUUUGUCGAUUGGUGUCCAACCGGCUUCAAGGUGGGCAUCAACUACCAGCCGCCGACCGUCGUGCCCGGCGGCGACCUGGCCAAGGUGCAGCGCGCCGUCUGCAUGCUGUCCAACACGACAGCGAUCGCGGAAGCCUGGGCUCGUCUUGACCACAAGUUCGACCUUAUGUACGCCAAACGGGCCUUCGUCCACUGGUACGUCGGAGAGGGCAUGGAGGAGGGCGAGUUCUCCGAGGCCCGUGAGGAUCUAGCUGCAUUGGAGAAGGAUUACGAGGAGGUGGGCGUCGACUCGACCGAGGAGGUAGGCGAAGGCGAUGAAUACUAGCAAGGACACUAGGCCUGCGAGCGCCUAAGCCUCACCUGCUAUCCUAAUGCGCCUGUCGGAUUGCAGCGCCACACAUCUCCGAUGCACCACCGCACACGCCACUGGUUCUAUUAGCUUCAUAGCGAGAUUGACCGUCACCAUACGCGCAUGUGCCACUGAAUAUCUCUUCGCCUUCGGCAGCGCACUUAACGCGCGAAGGCCAGGCAAGCAGGCCCACGAGAUGGUUUCUUGGAUGGUCACAAGUUUCUUGGUUUUCUGUUUUGUUGUUAUAAAACGAACAAUAAACAAUCAUC